UUAUGCCACGUUCAGCAUUUGGUAAACUGAGCCUCUGCCAUGAUGAACGCCUCAGCGCCUGACACGUCCUCGUGGUCGUACAGCAUCAGGGCCAACUUCUAUGCCCUGACGCCGGCCGAGACCUACUACGAGAACAUGUGGCAGGUGCCCAACAUGGUGGCCAUGGCUUUGCCGAUUAUGGUGCUGAUGUCGGUAAUCGAAGCGCUGAUCCUGAAGCUCACCAAUCGAGACAACAACUGGCGUCUCCACAAUGCCGUCCUGAACUACUCGAGCGGAGGACUCACGGAAGCAAGUAACAAUUUCAUCUUCCGAGGCGCCGAGAUCACGCUCUACAGCUGGCUCUACAACAACUGGCGCCUCAACUACCUGGCGUGGGACUCCCUCUACACCUACUUCUUCGCAAUGCUGGGAGUCGAGUUCUGCUAUUAUUGGUGGCACAGGGCCUCUCAUGAAACGGGUCUGAUGUGGGCGGCCCAUUCCAGCCACCACAGCUCCGAAGACUUCAACAUGACGGUGACUGCAAGAACGUCGUGGACCAUGAGGCCUUUAAGGUGGAUCUUCUUCAUGCCUCUGGCCAUCUUGGGGCUGCCGCCCGCGGUCUUCUUGGUCCAUCAGCAGCUAUCCUUCAUCUACGCCGGCUGGACGCACAAUGAGACCGUGCCCAAGCUGGGCAAGGUCAUCCCCGGCCUGGGUCACGCCAUCGAGUUCGUCUUUCACACGCCCAGUCACCAUCGCGUCCAUCACGGCGCGAACAAGUACUGCAUCGACAAGAACUACGGACAGACGUUCAUCAUCUUCGACCGCCUCUUCGGCACCUUCGCCGAGGAGCGCGAGGACGAGCCGCUCGUCUACGGGACGCUCGGCCAGGUGGAGCACAACAGCGCCAUAAUGAUCCACGUCUCGCCCUGGGUCGAGCUUUGGCAGAAGACGCGGAGCAUGACCACCUUCGGCGACAAGGUGCGGGCACUCUUCUACGGCCCCGGCUGGGCCCCCGGCAAGCCGCGCCUCGGGGACCCCGCCGACGUGCCUGACGUGCGAGGACGUGAGAAGCUUCAGCUGCCGCUCCCGCCGUGGCUCUCGGCGUACAUGCUGGUCAACAGCGCCCUCAUCUUCUUCUCCUACUUCGAAAUGAUGGGCAGGUUGAAGACCCUGGGGACCUGGCCUCCUCUGGUGAACCUGGCCUACAUAUUCUUUUCGUACACCGCCCUCGGGGGCUUAUAUGAAGGGCGACUCUACGGCGCGGUUCUGGAGCUCGUGCGCCUCCUGACGUUCUUCGCGCUGUCCUACGUGAACCCGCUGUUCGGCGGCGCCGCCUCCCUGAAGAUGGUGUCGUGGAUCAACCUCCUCAGCGUGUUCUUAUGGCCUGCCGUGGCGGUCUUCACCUGCAGACGAGCCGGGAAAAAGGCCAAGACCCCGGAAGGCCCAGGCGAGGGCGUCAAGGCCAAAGCCCACUGAGCGGCGCGCGAGAACGGCACCCUUUGCAGAGCCUGACUUCAAGAUUAUUUUCCCCUUGAUCGCAGGCUGAAAGGUCAACGGCUGCUUAUGUAUCUGUUUCUCCGAGGAGGCCUCGGGGCACAGAAAUAUACAUGUAUCAUGAUCUGAGUCAUUUACUCGUUUUCUAGCAUGACUGCUUCGGAAAUGGUUUCCGAUGUUUUGUACACGACAAACUUUGUAUAGCAAAGUGAUUAUAAGUAGAUAAUUUUUA